CUGUGGUUGCUACAAUUUGUAGGACGGCUGUUCCUGUCCAAUCCUUUGCUGUGGAUGGCUUCACCAAAGCCAUUUGGUGGUGGUGAUGCUUUGACCGAUGUGCCCAGUGAUGUUAUGGCACAUCCCAGAAGAGGCUACACGGGCACAAUGAAACAAGUUGCUCAAUCACUUGGAGCAACCUAUGUGGAUUUCUCAGCAUCAGAUGCUCAGGGCAUUGGUGGUGGUGGAAAUGAUGGAGGAGAUGAAGGUGAUGACAAGAAGGCUUCGGGUGCUGGAGGUGGUGAUGGAGGAGAUGACCCAGAGGAGCCAUCAGAGAGUGAAAGUGAGAACGACAAUCAAGAGGAGGAGGAAGAAGAGGAGCAGGAGGAGGAAGACGACGAGACAAAGUCUGACACUUCAGGUGAUGAUGCCAAGUCAGAACCGGUCAAAGAAGAGACCAAGUCAGAGACCAAGCCAGAGACCAAGCCAGAGGAUGUGAAGCCGUUUCCGCACGAGAAAUACAUUAUCAGCAUCAACUUUGUGAUGUCGUCCAUCAACUACACCUAUGUGGUGAAGACACAUCCCAAGAGCAUGUGGUCUCAGGUCAAGGGCGCUUUCUUCUGUCAGCAUCCUGCCAAGAUGAAUGACAGGAAGUCAUUUCGCUUUGUCUAUGCCAAUGAGAACUUGGAGGACAUCCCAUUCAGUGGAAGCAAGACAUUGGCAACCUUGAACAUUCACAAUGGCGCCAAUGUCUAUGUGAGCAUUGCUGGUUAUGGUGGUGCUACUCAGGGCAAAGUCAAGAAGGCUGACAAGGUGGCAGUGGCACUUGCUCGUUGUCAAUCCACUGCUCAAAGGGCUGACCGCAACCCUUUACCAGCAGACCUUUUGGCAAAGGCAGAGAAGCUGUAUCAGGAGAUGACAAAUGACAAUUCAGGACGCUACUUGAUGGGCAAGGUGAAUGUGAUGACUGCCCCACAGGCUGGAGCAUUGCUUGAGGGCUUGAAUGAUAUGACGAUGACCGAGAAGAACAUUCCCAAGAUGCUUCCAUUCUUUUUCCCAGAGAUUGUGGAUGAGUUGAAGGCUGUGAAAGACCGCACCGGCUUUACCAUUGAAGCCUUGGAGAGUGCCUUUGUCCAUCAAUUCACAGUGUGCUACUACAGUGAUGAGAAGAACCGCUAUGACUAUUCCUUAAAGGAAUAUGUGAAGAACCGGCUUGAAUUUUUGGAUGCGAUGCUGUGAAAACAUCAGCACCAGCCAUAGGCAUAUCAUUGACCGGCAUUUGGCAUUGAAACUCACCAAUUUCCAGCCCAGAAACUACCAAUUUCCAGCCCAGAAAUUA